AUGGCCACGCCCCUUUUCGUCCCGCCCCCCGCCAUUACUGCACCUCUUAUCACUGUACCUCUUAUCACUGUACCUCUUAUCACCGUACCUCUUAUCACUGUACCUCUUAUCACUGCACCUCUUAUCACUGUACCUCUUAUCACUGUACCUCUUAUCACUGCACCUCUUAUCACUGUACCUCUUAUCACUGCACCUCUUAUCACUGCACCUCUUAUCACUGUACCUCUUAUCACUGCACCUCUUAUCACUGUACCUCUUAUCACUGUACCUCUUAUCACUGUACCUCUUGGUACCGUACUUUUUGUUACUGUACCUCUUGUUACCGUACCUUUUGGUACCGUACCUCUUGGUACCGUACCUUUUGGUACCGUACCUCUUGGUACCGUACCUUUUAUCACCGUACCUCUUGGUACCGUAUCUUUUAUUACUGUACCUCUUGGUACCGUACCUCUUGUUACCGUACUUUUUAUCACUGUAUCUCUUGGUACCGUACUUCCUAUCACCGUUUUAACAAAGGAUAUGGUACCAAAAGGCGCGGUAACAAGAGGUUCGGUACUAAGAGGUACGGUAACAAGAGGUACAAUAACAAAAAGUACGGUACCAAGAGGUACAGUGAUAAGAGGUACGGUACCAAGAGAUACAGUGAUAAAAAGUACGGUAACAAGAAGUACGGUAGCAAGAGGUACAUUAACAAAGAUACGGUACCAAAAGAUACAAUAA